CGCGCGGGCGCCGCCCGAGACCGUGGGACCCCGGUUACCGCCCCCUCAGGAGCCACCAUGUUGGUGAUACCCCCCGGACUGAGCGAGGAGGAGGAGGCUCUGCAGAAGAAAUUCAACAAACUCAAGAAAAAGAAAAAGGCAUUGUUGGCUCUGAAGAAGCAAAGUAGUAGCAGCACAGCCAGCCAAGGCGGUGUGAAACGCUCACUGUCAGAGCAGCCUGUGGUGGACACAGCCACGGCAACAGAGCAGGCAAAGCAGCUGGUGAAGUCAGGAGCCAUCAGUGCCAUCAAGGCCGAGACCAAGAACUCGGGCUUCAAACGUUCUCGAACCCUAGAGGGGAAGUUAAAGGACCCUGAGAAGGGGCCAGUCCCCACUUUCCAGCCGUUCCAGAGAAGCAUAUCUGCUGACGACGAUCUGCAGGAGUCAUCCAGACGGCCCCAGAGGAAAUCUCUGUAUGAGAGUUUUGUGUCUUCCAGUGAUCGGCUUCGGGAACUAGGGCCAGAUGGGGAAGAGGCAGAGGGCCCAGGGGCUGGUGACGGUCCUCCUCGAAGCUUUGACUGGGGCUAUGAAGAACGUGGUGGUGCCCGCUCCUCAGCCUCCCCUCCCCGAAGCCGCAGCCGGGACCACAGUCGUGAGCGGAACCGAGACAGAGAUCGGGAACGGGAUCGAGACCGAGACAGAGACCGAGAUCGGGAACGGGAUCGAGACCGAGAUCGGGAACGGGACCGCGAUCGGGACAGGGACCGCGAUCGGGACAGGGACCGUGAUCGAGAACGAGAGGGCCCUUUCCGCAGGUCGGACUCGUUCCCUGAACGCAGGGCCCCUCGGAAGGGGAAUACUCUCUAUGUGUAUGGAGAGGACAUGACACCCACCCUCCUCCGUGGGGCCUUCUCUCCCUUUGGAAACAUCAUUGACCUCUCCAUGGACCCACCCAGAAACUGUGCCUUCGUCACCUAUGAAAAGAUGGAAUCAGCAGAUCAGGCCGUUGCUGAGCUCAAUGGGACCCAGGUGGAGUCCGUACAGCUCAAAGUCAGCAUUGCCCGCAAACAGCCCAUGCUGGACGCUGCCACUGGCAAGUCUGUCUGGGGCUCCCUUGCUGUCCAGAACAGCCCUAAGGGUUGCCACCGGGACAAGAGGACCCAGAUUGUCUACAGUGAUGAUGUCUACAAGGAGAACCUUGUGGAUGGCUUCUAG